UCUUCUUCUUCUUCUUCGUCCUCAUCUCUCUUUGAUAACUUUCCUCUCGUCUCUGCGAUCGUCGCUUUCGCUCUCGCACAAUCCUGCAAAUUAUUCACCACCUGGUACAAGGAAAAACGGUGGGAUGCUAAACAACUGAUUGGCUCUGGUGGGAUGCCGUCAUCUCAUUCUGCCACAGUUACUGCUCUUGCUACAGCUAUUGGGCUCCAAGAUGGCUUUGGAGGAUCACUGUUUGCUACCGCAAUGAUCUUAGCUUGUGUUGUGAUGUACGAUGCAUUUGGUGUUAGAUUACAAGCUGGGCGUCAAGCUGAGGUGUUGAAUCAAAUUGUAUUUGAGCUUCCAGAUGAUCAUCCUCUGGCUGAAACCAGACCAUUGCGUGAACUUCUUGGUCACACCCCUCCUCAGGUUAUUGCUGGUGGGUUACUAGGAGUUCUCACAGCCGCCAUUGCCUAUUUUAUCAAGAAAGUCAUUUCUCAAGCUUGACGCUAUUGUAGAUGUCUUUCAGUUAACCAUUGAACCUGACUUACACAUUGGCACUUGCAGCAGAAAAGCUACAUGUUGAUCGAUUUUUACCUCAACUGAUUACUUGCGUCUGAAUGUAAAGCUCAUAAUCUUUGUAAUUCUGCCGAGUCCUGCCGACUCUGCUUCCUUCUGCAUUGCUUUUUUGUUUCCAGUUGUAUUACAGUAUGUUCAAAGUGAACUUAAUUCAUAAUAGUGGUGAUUAGAAUGAAAAAUAUUAGCUCUUUUCUGUUA